AUGGGGCUACCAUUCACAUUCGCGGACCUCGUGAAGGCACCCACGAUCAAUCCUGUCAACAGAAAGGCCAGAACUGUGCCUAUGCUCAAUGUCGUCAACAUCUACGGACGUGUAUUCUUCUUCUCCUGGUUCGGAUUCAUGAUCUCGUUCUGGGCAUGGUACACAUUUCCUCCUCUGUUGACACACACGAUCAAAGCCGACCUGCACCUGACCCCUCAACAAAUUGCCAACUCUAACAUUGUGUCGCUCUGUGCUACACUUAUAAUACGGUUCAUUGCUGGCCCCUUAUGUGACCAGUUCGGCCCCCGAAAGGUUUUUGCCGGAUGCUUGCUCCUCGGAGCCCUGCCAAUAGGUCUUGCUCCACUGGUCCAGAAUGCACAUGGACUAUACGCAAGCAGAUUUUUCAUCGGAAUCUUGGGUGGGGCUUUCGUCCCGUGCCAGGUAUGGUCGACGGGGUUCUUUGACAAGAAUGUUGUCGGCACUGCCAACGCAUUCACAGGCGGCUGGGGAAACGCCGGUGGUGGCAUCACAUACUUCAUCAUGCCUGCUGUCUACGAUUCCUUCGUUGCCCAUGGCCAUUCCAUGGACCAGGCUUGGCGACUCACGUUUAUCGUCCCCUUGAUCAUGCUCCUGUUCACUGGCACGUCGCUGCUUCUUCUCUGCCCUGAUACCCCCGUCGGCAAAUGGAGCGAGAGGAACACACACGUUCAGGAGAACCUCCACUCCCACGGCGUCAUGGGUGACGCCAUCGUCGCCGUCCCCGGCGGCAUCGACGAGAAGCCGCUCUCCGCCGCAGCUACUACCCAGGGCUCCGUGAACAACGACGAUAAGGACGAGGCCAAGCUGGAGAGUAACGGCAGCCCGAACCACUAUGCCGACAACGAGGCCGUGCUGUCCAAGGACGAACUGAUCCGGACAGCCCACGGCGAGGUCAUUGUGAAGCCAUCGUUCAGCGAGGCCAUGAAGGUUCUCUUCAGCCCACAGACGUGGGUACAGAUGCUGUGCUAUGCCUGCUCCUUCGGGGCUGAGCUGGCCAUAAACUCAGUGUUGUCGUCCUACUACAUCAAGAACUUUCCACAACUGGGCCAGACCAAGGCUUCCAACUGGGCCGCCAUGUUCGGCUUCCUCAACUUCGUCACACGGCCCCUGGGCGGCAUCAUCGCCGACAUCCUGUACAACAACUUCGGCAAGAGCGUGUGGCUCAAGAAGGGCUGGAUGCACACGUGCGGCGUCAUCACAGGCGUGCUGCUCAUCAUCAUCGGCCAGGUCAACUCCCACCACCUGCCGACCUUCACCGGCCUGGUCGCGCUGAUGGCCAUCUUCCUCGAGGCCGGUAACGGCGCCAACUUUGCCCUCGUGCCACACGUGCACCCCCAUGCCAACGGCAUCGUCAGCGGCUUCACCGGCGGCGUCGGUAACCUCGGCGGCAUCAUCUUCGCCAUCAUCUUCCGCUUCAUGGGCGGCGGCUCCGACUACGCAAAGGCCUUCUGGAUCAUUGGCUGCAUCCACGUUGGCAUCAAUGUUCUGCUCGCCUGGAUCAGGCCCAUUCCCAAGGGCCAGGUCGGUGGUCACUAG